CAUUCUCUCUUAUCUAUUUCCAAAUUGGGCCGAGCCCAUUCAACAUUCUAUCUUCUCUGUUUCCAAAUUGGGCCCAGCCCAUUCAACAUUCUCAAUUCUCUGUUUCCAAAUUCGGCCCAGCCCAUUGCAACUUCAAACCUGCAGUAGACAACAGAUCCUUCCCCAUCUGUUUUUCUAAUUAGACCGCCAUUGCCAGAUCCUCUUCCUUCCUUCACCCUCAUCUGAACUUUCUUCUCGAGUUGUCAACAAUGGCAACCUCCGCGCCAUCGUCGACAUCAACAUCAUCCACGGGUUGGAUCACAAGUCUUUCUCCGGUUCGCAUCUCGCAUCUAUUUCUUUCUAAUCAUACGUCAAAUCCCUCUCUUCAGUGUCGUUGUUUCUCUGUAGUUCAAAAUGGAGCUCUCCGUCCGUCCUAACACAAAUGAGAUCAAUCAAGUAGAAAUAGAAAAUGAAACUGGUACUUCUGAUCCAGUGGUAGUAUCCAUUAAUCGUAUUCUUCAACAACCUGUUUCAUCCUAUUCUUUAGAAGGUAUCAUUUACAAGGUUCCAGAACCUCUGCGCAGCAUGAACUCAGAAGCUUAUACCCCCACUGCCAUCUCUAUCGGCCCCUUUCACUCCGAUAGAAAAGAUCUUAAGGCUAAUUCACUUAAACCCAUAUACCUUCGACACUUCCUUAAUCUCGCUCACCUCUCCGUGAACACGAUUGUAGAAACGGUCCAGACUUUGGAACAAAGAGCUCGCUGUUGUUACACAGAAUUCAUCGAGAUGAGCAGGGAUGAAUUUGUGGAACUUCUCGUCUUCGAUGCCUGUUUCGUGGUCAUGCAUCUCAUCAGUUGGCAAUACCCAAAUUUGGAUACCCCAAAUGCGGCGAAUUUAUGGCAAUCCUGGAAUGAAAUAUUUCAUGAUCUGAUGCUGCUUGAAAACCAACUUCCCUUCUUCCUUCUCCAAUCUUUAUACGACCUCUUCGCCCCCUCUCAACCUUUACUAGAACAUAAGAGUUUCAUUCAAAUUGUUCAAGAUUAUUUCUCAGAACACAAUAACCCAAAGUUGUUUUUUAUUGAUAUCAAACUUCUUUCGGCUGACGACGUGAAACAUUUUGUUGAUUUAGUAAGAAUGCCUAAUACUCGUACGUAUUCCCAUGAAAAGUCCGACCAACGCCUAUUGUGGCCACUAAAUGCCACCGAGCUCCAUGAAUGCGGCGUUAUUUUCAGGAGUGGGGAUGGUAUAGAAUUUAAUGACCAAGGUGGGUGUCUACAAUUACCGCCAAUCGAGAUAUACGACGAUUUUGAAAAGCGUGUGAGGAACCUUAUAGCUUAUGAGCAAUGCCAUAUUGGCGAUGAGUUAAGGAACAGGGUGAGCAACUUUGCUGUGUUUAUGCAGUGUUUGGUCCAGUCCGACCAAGACGUGAAAUUGUUGAUUGAGGGAGGGAUCAUAGAGAACUACUUGGGUGGUAUCAAUGAGGUUACUCAAUUAUUCAACAACCUCGGUAAGCACAUCUUCAUUGGAAUCAACUACUACAAUUCUGAUUGCAAAAAAAUGAAAGAUUAUUGCAUGCGCCGCCAUCAUCGUUGGAUGACGUCGUUGCGACGCAAUUAUUUCAGCACGCCAUGGCUCUGUGCUUCCUCCAUUGCAGCCAUCCUCCUCCUUGCCCUCACUCUUAUACAAACCAUCCUGGCUGUAUUCACUGGAGUCAAAGAACGUUCUUAA